AUCGUGUUGGACCUGGACGAAACCUUAGUAUGCGCGUACAACACGGAAGACGUGCCGGAAUCCGUCCGUCAAGCAGCCGCCGCCAGCGGCGUCAGUAGCUUCGAGCUCGAAUGCUCCACAGCGGACCUCGACGCGAGCGGGGAACCCGAGAAAGCGCGGGUGACGGUGUUCGAGCGCCCAGGGCUGCGGGAGUUCCUCAGGCUCGCCAGUCGCCUGGGCGAGCUAGUCCUCUUUACUGCCGGGCUGGAAGGCUACGCUCGGCCGCUAAUGGACAGAAUCGACCCCGAUGGUCUCAUCUCAGCUCGCCUCUACCGCCCCGCCACCGUCUCUAUAGGCACAAGGCAGCAUGUGAAGGACCUGGCAGUGUUGGGGCGGGACCUGCGCCGCACGGUGAUCAUCGACAACAACCCCUUCGCCUUCCUGUUGCAACCAGUCAACGGUGUGCCCUGCGUGCCUUUUUUCGGGGGCGAAGGGUCAGACAGACAGUUGCUGCAAGUGCUGCUCCCACUGCUCGAGACCCUGUCCCUGCACCCAGACGUGCGCCCCUUCCUCUCCUCGCACUUCCGCAUGCCCCUGUGGCUGCGAGCGCAUGGGGUGCCGGUGGUUAACCACCACGCAGCGUAG